CUUCAAAGUUCAGGCACGUGUGGCUUGUAAUGCAAUCAUUAUGUCUACCGAAACCAUAACAAAACGCCUACACAUCUCUGGUCUCACAACACCCGCCAUUACACCCGCUGACCUUUCAAAGCGACUCAGUGCCUUUGGAAGGGUAAUCUCGCUCGAUGGUUUUGGAAAACUUGAUGCACUAGGCCAGCCGAGGCCUUUCGGUUACGCGACGAUUGAAGGUCGCAAAACAGACUUGGCGAAGUGCGUGAAUGUGCUAAGUGGGACGGUAUGGAAAGGCGCCAAGCUCCGUAUUGGAGAUGCAAAGCCUGAUUUUCGUGAACGACUCGCCUCCCUUCCCUCUCCACCACCCAAAAAACGUCGUCUCAAUUCCUCUAAGAUAGGCACCCCUGCACCUGAUAUGUCACUGAUCACGCCCGAGACAGCACGUACCCGCGGGGGAUGGAGGGUCACCGAGAUGGGACGUGUGGUGAAAGUCAUGCGGAUGAGACCUGAGAAACCUUUGGAGCCACCUCGGGUACUUGCCUCUGCCAGUGCAGGGAACAAGAAGGAUGGGAAAUCCGGGACAGGGAAACGCAAAAAACGCGUCAAACUUCCCCCCACGCGUGCGCGCCGCCGGACGAUCGAUCCGACGCGCUGGGACUCGAUGCAUCUGAAGGGUAUCUGGCUGGAUGCUGAGGUAGCGGGCGCAGUUGAGAGUGAUGCUAUUGGUGUUGCAGGAGACUUCUAUGGACCCAUGAUCCCGAGGAAAAGACAUGCUGAAGAGGCCGAGAGCAGUGACACUAAACACGACGCUGAAAGCGCACCUAGUACCGAGGAUGAAGGUGAUGACCACGAGUCUUUACCAUUGCCGGUCCCGACAUCUGUUAUUCCCCCACUAUCGUCAUCCACGCUGUCCCCCGUUCCCACUGUUCGUCCGCCCACGACUGAAGCCGUGGCCGGAGAAAACCCUUCCCCCACACAAGAAAAGUCCGCCACCCUCGCACUCCUUCGCUCCUUCUUUAGCGACAGGGACGGAGAUGAAGGAUGGGGCGGACAGGAGAGCUUGUCUGAUGUUGAAGACGCACGUCUUGAGAGUAAAGGUGACACGAGGGGGUCUCAGACUGGGACACGGAUGGGUAUAUAUGAGGGCGAUGCCGACGGUGAGAUCGAGGAAGUACCCCAAGGUAAAUUCGAAGAUACGGACAUGGAAUCAGACACAGUGGUGUCUCCACUCAGACCACAGCCUCACCCUACAUCUACGUCAGAGCCAUCCGCUCUGAAUCAGAAGCAAACACAACUGAAAGAUCUGUUCGCACCGAGGGAAGAGGAAGCUGGAUUUUCAUUACUGGGUCACCUCGACCUGGACUUUGAGGAAGAAGACGUUCUCGGCAUAUCCGACCUUACCCACCCCGCCCAACCGGAUCACGCGCUUCCUCACCCUCACGCAGUCUCCAUUGCUCAUGAGCAACUACAAGUGCACCCAACGCUUGACCCGAACUUCCCCUUUUUCUUUCCUCUCCCACCAGCCCUCCGCUCGCGUUCAUCCAGCACAAGAAAUACACCUCAAGACAUAUUCUCCCUCUUCCCUUACGCGGGCAAAGAAGACAGAAGUGGGGAGCCCUUUUUCCGCACUCAAACUACCUCCGAAAUUCACUCCCAGUGGGAAGCCCAAAAAGGUGCGCUGACGAAGGAGUGGAAGGCUCGUUGGAGAGAAGCUUCGAAGGGGAGGAGAGGGAGGGAUGAGUGAUCGGUUGGGUUGACGUCAAAAGGUGGACGUCGCUUCAAGAG